GGUCCAUAAUAAUCAAAACUUGCCCGCGCCACAAGAAACACACUGCCUUUAUUAUUUAUCAGCCAUUCUCUCCCUUGUGCCUUUCAGUCUCUCAACUGAAGCGUCAUUCUCAUCUUUGUUAACGGUCUAUAAGCAUGAAGCUUGACACUAGUGGUCUCGAAUCAACUGCUCCUCAUUCUGGGGCAAUCUGUGAGCCGUUUACUGGUUUCUCUGCUGCUUCAUCUUUUGAUCUUCCUGUUACUAGUGAUUUUGAUGGGUUUCAAAAGGAAUCUGUACAAAUGGUGAAGCCUGCAAAGGGGACAACUACACUUGCUUUUAUUUUUAAGGAGGGUGUCAUGGUUGCUGCUGAUUCUCGAGCUAGCAUGGGGGGCUAUAUCUCAUCACAGUCAGUGAAAAAAAUAAUUGAAAUCAAUCCUUAUAUGCUGGGCACAAUGGCUGGAGGAGCUGCUGACUGCCAGUUUUGGCACAGAAAUCUGGGCAUAAAGUGCCGGCUCCAUGAAUUGGCAAACAAGCGCAGAAUCUCAGUUACAGGGGCAUCAAAGCUGCUGGCUAACAUUCUCUACUCUUAUCGUGGAAUGGGACUGUCUGUCGGGACAAUGAUAGCCGGAUGGGAUGAAACCGGUCCUGGACUAUAUUAUGUAGACAGUGAAGGAGGAAGACUGAAAGGAACACGGUUCUCUGUUGGAUCAGGUUCACCAUAUGCUUAUGGUGUAUUAGAUAGCGGGUACAAAUAUGAUUUGUCAGUUGAGGAAGCUGCAGAGUUGGCUAGAAGAGCAAUUUAUCAUGCAACUUUCAGGGAUGGGGCUAGUGGUGGUGUUGCUAGUGUAUAUCACGUUGGCCCUAAUGGAUGGAAGAAGCUGUCUGGUGAUGAUGUUGGGGAGCUUUACUAUCGGUAUAAUCCUGUUAGCACAAGCACAGUGGAACAAGAAAUGGCUGAGUCUAGCUCAACUUAGAGGAUCUCUGCUCCAACUUCUGUAUCAAGUCUGAUCCAUUGCAGCAAACACAAGCAAAGCAACUGUCAGCAAUACGCAAUGCAAUCUGCAAAUGUGAAGAUUUUAUGAGCUUGACUUGUGCAUAAGUGCUUUGGACUGGACAGUUUUAGCCUUUAGGAUUAGGAAUCGCGAUUCUUGCCUUUUGAAUGGUUGAACCAGCAAUUGAAAACAAUCAUCCAUGGAUAUAGUAAUAUGUCAUUAUUAUUAUAUAAAAUUAUAUAUAAUAUUUGUAUACGAAAUAUUAUUUAAUUGAAAAUAAUCAAACUUGUGAGGUUUAUCAAACUAAC